AUGGCCACGAGGAUACCCCACGCGCUGGAGGGCUACCUCGCCCUCCCGCCCGAAUGCGCCCAGAUUCUCCUCACCGGCGUCCUGGGCGCCAGCACCAACUGGCUCGUCCUGCGCCACCUGUACUCGUACCUCAGGAAGCCGGCCGCGGACGGGGAGGAGGCGACGGCGGCGGCGGAUGUCCGCGUCGUGCUUGUGAGCUUCAUGCGAGAUUUUGCGUUCUGGAAGGAGGGCGCCGGCAGAUUGGGCCUCGACCUCGAAGGUCUGGGGCGGAGCGGCAGGUUCGUCUUCGUCGACGGGCUGAGCGGGCUGUUCUGGCAGGAGGGUUUCGCCGCGAAGCCGGCGGCCAAGGGACAGAGGGUCCUCCGCGGGGCGAGGCUGCCGGACAUACAGCGCGAGCUCGAGGGGGCGGUCGCCGACGUGUCCGCCGAGGGCGCGAAGACGGUGCUGGUCCUGGACCAGCCGGACCUCCUCCUCGCCGCGUCCGGCGAGGGUCUCACCGGCCUGGCGCUGCGGAACAUGCUUCUCGACGUGCAAGAGAAAGUCCACGCCACCGUCUUCACCGUCGCGGCGGACGAGCCCCUCGUCGCGUCGCAGACGACGACGCUCGAGAAGGAGCACGCGGCGUUCGUCCUCGGGCUGGCGCACGCCGCGGAGACGGUCAUCAGCCUCCGGCUCCUGGACACGGGCAACGCGAGCGACGUCAGCGGAGUGCUGAGGAUCACGGCCGGCGGAGACGCGCACUGCGAGAGGGAGGCCGUCGAGGAGACGGAGCUGCUGUACUUCGUCGGCGGGGACGGGAGCGUCAAGGUGUUUGGGAGGGGGCAGUGA